UACAAAACGUAUAAAAUAUGAUUUUACGUCUAGAGAAAGAAAAGCUGUGUUAUUUGCGCAUCAGAUGUUGCUUGUUUGAACUUACUCAUUGUGUCUGAAGCCAAUCAUCACCAACUGGCAAUGUAACAGCGCUGUUUUAAAAGAUAUGGAUAUAAAGACAAGAGCUAUUGAGUAUUUUUCUAACAACAAUAUUUUGAAAGAACUCGAGAAUGCUUUGCAACUAAUGUUUCAGGAGAAUGAGUCAGAUCAUUUCGGCUAUUUAGUAACCACAUUUGAGUGACUAACAUUUUACAGAGCAAGUAUUUCGAACAGAUUUCACUUACUCCGAAAGUUGUCAGCAUCAAAGUAGAUGAAAGUUAUUCUUGUAUUGGCACCUCUUCCAGCUCUUUGAGUGUAUUUACACUGUGGCGAACAAAGACUGAGGUUUUUUGACAAUUUUAGUAGUUUAAUUUACUGAAGGUUAUCACAAGAGUAAACUAUAUUUAUGGAUGCAAUAAUUGUCUUUCAUAUGGGAAUAUUUUAAACAAAUCGACACCCUCUGAAUUUUCAGUUUGUGUAGAUUCAGUCCUGGAUUUACUAAACAAUUGCCUAUGGUCGCCAUUGGAGAUGAUUGAAGUCGAUAAAUAUAUCAGAAACUUCUACGAUGAAUAUAGAAAGCAAUUCAAUACAAUGCAAUCAAAUGAAAGUAAAAGUGAACUAGAAGAUAUUUGUUCAAAAGAAGUUCCAUUAAAGUCUACAACACCACAAAAUGCAAAAAAAAAAUCUACUAAAGAUGUAGUUACACUUAUACCAAAUCAACUAAUCUUACUUGCACCAUUAAUUGCAACAGAUUUAACUUGGUUAUCAAUGAGUUUACAUUUAACAGCAAUGAAAUGUUCUCCAACAAUGAACAAUUUUCAAGCAUAUAUGAAAUCACUUUAUGAAGAGGUUAUUCAAUCAAUCAUAUCCGAAAAAGGAUCCACUAAUUCAUCCAUUCCUUCUCAUCAGAACCAUUUCAAUAAAAUCACAUGUCCAAUCAUAACAAUAUUUAAUUGUUCUGAAUGUACUGGCGGUUUAUCAUCAGGGAAGUGUAGAUUUCUAAAAGAAAUUCUUCUUGUACCUAAACCAUAUUUAACACCAAAACAAUUACUAAGUAGUAUAUUUAUCAUUAAAACAAAAUUAUCACAAAUAUUAAUAAAGAAAUCAAAUCUCAAUCCACAAUUGAUUUGUGAUAAUGGUGCAUCAAGUGUUAUGAUUGAUAAACCAGAACAAAUUAUUGAUUUAUUAAUAGAAUUAUUAGAUAUAUGUCAAUUAAAUAAUGAAUUUUAUAUUGGUUUAUAUAUAUUACCAAAAAGAAUAUUUGAUACGGUCAAAGAACGUUACGAGAUUAUUACUGGAACUUUAAAAACACCUGAAGAAUUAGUCAAUUAUUAUAUAGAUUUACUUGGAAAAUAUCCACAAAUACGUUUAUUAAUUGAUCCAUUUAGAGCAGAAGAUAAACAAUGUUGGGAUUCAUUAAAUUCCCGUAUUACAACAUCAAUAUUCAUUACAACUAGUACAAUUAUUCAACCAGCUAUAAAAGAGAUAACACCUAAUCGAUCAAAUUCUGUUACUAUGAAAAAUUCUACAACAAUCAAUUCAACAUUUAAUGAACCAUUAAAAUUUAGUAUACCAACUGGUUUAACUAUAUAUGAAUUAAUGAAUUGUCAACAAACUAUAAUGCAGAAUCAUAGUGAUAAUGUAAAUACUAUUGAAGUAGCUACUACUGAUAAUAUUACUAAUACUACUACUAGUACUACUAAUACUACUAUUGGUACUGCUGAUACUACUACUAGUAGUAGUAGUACUACUACUAUUAAUGCUACUAAUACUAUUAUUACUGCUAAUACUACUACUAGUACUACCAGUACUACUAAUACUAUUACUACUACUACUACUGAUAAUAAUAAUGAUUCAAUACAAAUACAAACUAAUUCAUUACAAUCUAUAUCAUUUAAUAAUACAAUAGAUAGAUAUGAUCUAUGUUAUUCAUCAUGGUUAUUUACUAUGGAUACAUGUUUGGAUUGUGUAUUAAUAACAGAACUUAUUCAAGCAAUUCAUCAAUUACAUUUACAAAAUCGGCAAGUUAUAUUCAGUUUGGAUAAUUUACAAGUGAUAGAAGAUUGGCCAAUAGAUAUGGCAAUUGGUUUAGGUAUAGAUUUUAUUAAAUUAACUGGAUUAAAUAGAAUUGAUCAAAUGAAUAAAUUAAUUACAUGGUAUAAUUAUUAUCAAAAUAUUAUUGAUCAGAAUCAUUUAAUGACUGAUUGGAAACUAUAUGAUUUAUCAAUAAUCGAUAAUUCAUGAAAUAUAUAUCAAUGUAAAAAUACAAAAAAAAAGCUAGUUGCCCCCUUAGCAACAAUUUUGUAUGUUUAAUUAAAAAGAAGAAAAAAUUGUACAAUGAUAAUGAAUUGUGUUUUCUAAAUACUACUAUCUAUCUUUGCUUAUAAUGUUUGUGAAUUACGGCUAUAUCGAGGCAGCAAUACACACAGA